UUUGUGCUGAGUUCCCCAUGCAUUUCUCCCUCCUUGGAUCCUGGCCUCUGGCUCUGACUCUGGCUCUCCUAAUAACAUGACCAUGGAAUGGGUCAAUGAGACCUUGAUGAGAGAGUUUGUCUUCCUUGGCUUCUCAUCUCUGGCUGGGCUGCAGUGGCUGCUCAUCAUUGUCUUCCUGCUCAUCUACCUGUUCACCCUGGGCACAAAUGCCAUCAUCAUUUCCACCAUUGUCCUGGACAGAGCCCUCCAUACCCCUAUGUACUUCUUCCUUGCUGUACUCUCCUGUUUUGAGACUUGUUACACCUUCAUUCUUGUACCCAAGAUGCUGGUUUACCUGCUGGCCCAGAAGAAGACCAUCUCCUUCUUGGGCUGUUCUAUCCAGAUGUUUUCCUUCCUCUUCCUAGGUUGCUCACACUCCUUCCUGCUGGCAGCCAUGGGUUAUGAUCGCUAUGUGGCCAUCUGUAACCCUCUGCGGUACACAGUGAUCAUGGGUUAUGGGGUGUGUGUGGGACUUGUGGCUGCUGCCUGUGCUUGUGGCUUCACUGUCUCACUGGUCACCACCUCCCUGGUAUUUCACUUGCCAUUCCACUCCUCUAACCAACUACACCAAUUCUUCUGUGACAUUUCUCCUGUCCUCAAGCUGGCAUCUCAUCACUCUCGCCUCAGUCAGUUGGUCAUAUUCAUGCUUGGUGUGUUUGCCUUGAUUAUUACACUGUUACUUAUCCUGGUUUCCUAUAUCCGUAUCAUCUCUGCCAUUCUAAAAAUCCCAUCCUCUGUUGGAUACAAAGCCUUCUCUACUUGUGCCUCCCGUCUCAUUGUGGUAACUGUUCAUUAUGGUUGUGCCUCUUUCAUCUACUUAAGGCCCAAAUCCAAUUACUCUUCAAGUCAAGACACCCUAAUAUCUGUGUCUUAUACCAUCCUCACUCCAUUGUUCAAUCCAAUGGUUUACAGUCUGAGGAAUAAGGAAUUCAAAUCAACCGUUCGAAGAACAAUGGUCCAGACUUCAUAUCCUGUUAAUUAAAGAGCCAGUUAUUAACUGUUCAGUUAAUUGUAUGCCUUUUAUGUGCCAAGUAAAAUGUGUGCUUUCAAAUAUUUUCUCAU